UCUUUCAAGUUUUCUAUUCUCGAGUCCCGAGAUUGUAGAGAGAGAAAGAAACAGGCCUGGAGGGGGAGCUCAUGCGACCUCUCACACCUGAGCUUUGCACCUCGCUCUGAUACUACCGAAGCUUGGCCUCCAUUCCACACUCUUCGCCGGAAAAUGACGGUCUUCGGUCACUCCGGCGGUGGAUUUCUGACCGGAAAACAGGUGUUUCCGGUGGACUGCGAAGCGGAGGUCUCGCAGCGGCUUCUGGAAGCCUCGCACUCUGGCGAUCUAAAAUCGGCAUUGGAAUGCAUCGCCGAUCCGUUCGUGGACGUCAACUUCGUCGGUGUUGUGUGCUUGAAGGCUAAAAGGACAGAAGUGUUGUUGCGCGAUGAAUCGGCUGGUGAAGUUCGGGUGGAGUACGAGGAGUUCAAAACCGAAGUCACCGCAUUGUUCCUCGCUGUUCAUACCGGAAAUGUGGCUCUCGUGAGGAAACUGCUGAGCAUUGGAGCUGAUGUGAACCAGAAACUCUUCAGGGGCUUCGCGACAACAGCAGCAGUAAGGGAGGGCCACCUUGAGAUUUUGGAAAUCUUGCUUAAAGCUGGGGCAUCUCAGCCAGCUUGUGAGGAGGCUCUGUUAGAGGCAAGCUGUCAUGGACGAGCAAGAUUGGCAGAGCUACUCAUGGCCUCUGAUUUGAUUCGGCCCCAUAUUGCGGUGCAUGCUCUUGUCACUGCAUGCUGCAGAGGGUUUGUGGAUGUGGUGGACACUCUUAUGAAGUGUGGUGUGGAUGCAAAUGCAACUGAUCGAGUGCUGCUUCAGUCAUCUAAGCCUUCUCUUCACACAAAUCUUGACUGUACUGCACUUGUUGCUGCUGUUGUCAGUAGGCAGGUCUCUGUUGUCCGUCUGCUGCUACAGGCUGGUGCCAGAACAGACAUCAAAGUGAGGCUGGGAGCAUGGUCAUGGGACAUGGCUUCUGGUGAAGAAUUCCGUGUGGGUGCAGGGCUGGCAGAACCCUACACCAUCACCUGGUGUGCUGUGGAGUAUUUCGAAGUUAGUGGUGCUAUCUUGCGGAUGCUCCUCCAACACCUAUCCCCCAACACCCUUCACUUUGGCAGGACCCUUCUCCACCAUGCCAUCCUCUGUGGCAAUACUGGAGCCAUCAAUGUGCUUUUGAACUGUGGUGCCCAUGUAGAAUCUCCUGUUAAAACAACUGGGAAAACUGAAUUUCGACCAAUACACAUGGCUGCUCGUCUUGGACUAGCAACAGUUCUUCAGUCUCUAAUUGACUUCGGCUGUGAUUUAAACUCAAAAACAGAUUCUGGUGAAACAGCUCUGAUGAUCUGUGCAAAAUAUAAGCAGGAAGAUUGCCUCAGAGUACUGGCCAUGGCUGGGGCUGAUUUUGGCUUGGUCAAUAUCACUGGUCAGUCUGCCAGUUCAAUUGCUGUUUCAAACAGGUGGACACUCGGGUUCCAACAAGCUGUGCUAGAUGCUAUCAGGGCUAGAAAAGUUCCCAGAUCAAGCAGUUUCCAGGUUUUCUCCCCUCUGAUGUUUGUAGCUCGAGUGGGUGAUGUUUAUGCCCUGAAAACUCUUAUUGGACAGCCAGAAAUUGAACUUGAUUAUCAAGACGAUAAUGGUCUGUCAGCAGUAAUGGUUACUGCAAUCGAGGGUCAUGUUGAAGCCUUCCGGUUGCUUGUUUUUGCGGGAGCUGAUGUAAAGCUAUCCAACAAAUAUGGUGAGACUGCAAUUACCCUAUCAGAAUUGAACCAGAAUCAUGACCUAUUUGAGAAGGUAAUGCUUGAAUUUACCCUUGAAAAGGGGAAUCGUAAUGCUGGAGGGUUCUAUGCCCUACACUGUGCAUCCCGGCGUGGAGAUCUGGAUGCAGUUAGAUUAUUGACAAGCAGGGGUUAUGAUGUAAAUGUCCCUGACGGGGAUGGCUACACGCCACUCAUGCUAGCAGCAAGGGAAGGCCAUGGUAGUAUGUGUGAGCUCUUGAUCUCAUGUGGAGCUAACACUGAAGUUAAGAAUGCUAGAGGUGAAACCGCACUCUCACUUGCAAGGAAGAAUGGCAUGAAAAAUGAUGCAGAAUGCGUGAUACUGGAUCAACUUGCCCGCAAGCUGGUGCUGGGUGGUGACUGGGUGCUGAAGCACACAAAGGGUGGCAAAGGAACCCCGCAUGGCAAAGAGAUGAAAAUGAUGGGGGCUCUGGGGGUUUUGCGAUGGGGGAAGUCGAGCCGUAGAAAUGUGAUAUGCAGAGAGGCUGAGAUGGGGCCUAGUUCAGCCUUUCAGAAGAAUAGGCAGAGACAGGGUGAUGCUGAUGAACCUGGACUGUUCCGGGUAGUGACCACAAAGAACAAGGAGGUGCAUUUUGUGUGUGAGGGUGGGUUGGAAAAGGCUGAGCUUUGGGUGAGGGGGAUAAAGCUGAUCACAAGGGAGGCAAUUUUUGGCAAUCAAUGGGAGGCAUGAAUGAUGAGGAUUUGCUUCUAGAUAGUGUGUAUAGAUGAUGUGGAGGAGUACUUCAUCUCGAAGUAUUUUGAAUUUUUCUUAGUCAUUGUAAAUGUUUUGAUCCCUGUAGCUGUAUAUGCAUAUUCUCAUUCUCAUCUAAAUGGAAAGUCCUAUCUGCUUGAUUGCUUUGGAGCUC